AAAUGUGAGUUAGUGUUCAGGGUGUGUAGUCAAACUGAAUUAUUGUCUUGAACGUUAUGUUUUCUUUUCAUAUUAUCUCUCUCUGCAAUUUGGAGCACGCUAGAGUCUCGGGACCUCGGUUUUCAAAUUUACGACGACCUGAUGUUCAGUGACAGUCUGAGCCGGUCUCUGAUUGGUCCCCGGACUCUCCGCGGCACUUCAAAGCCUGAAGAAGUCCCAACGACUGAAGCAGUCAGAGAGGAAACGCAGACUCAUCACGUUCAGUCCCGGCGAGCACACACAAACCCACAGAGACACAGAUAUUACACACAGACCAUGGCUACUACACUGCUGGGGGAGGAGCCCCGGCUUGGAAGCACACCGCUGGCAAUGUUGGCUGCCACCUGCAGCAGAAUCGGCGAGUCCAGCCCUUCGUGCUCCCCUGGUCUUUCCGACGGUGUUCCGGGAUACGUGAAGGGGUUUCACCCGUGGAAGCGAGGCGCUCCGGGUACCAGCAACCUUGGGGCUUGCUUCACCCCUCUCGGGGUUCCCUCCAGGAGUAACGGGACGGGCUUGACGGAGACCUCGAGCGCGUUCUCAGUGACCACGGCCAACUCGCCUUUUGGAAAUGACAUUUCGAUGUACCAGACCUCCAUGCCAUCAGAAAACAAUGCGCCCGAUCCUUCGCACACACAGCGGUCUGUGUUUCUGACCAAAUUCCCCUCCACGGUGGAAAGCAUAGCCGGAAUUUAUCCGAGGAUGCACGCGCAUCCCUACGAAUCAUGGUUCAAGCCAGUUGGAGAUGUCAGUAACGGGUCUGCUGCUUGGUGGGAUAUGGGGAACAGCUGGGUGGACCCACAGACCCCGGCCGGGUUAUCCUCUCCUCUGAACGGCUACAACACUGACUACAGCUCCGCCUUCAGCCCCGGGGCCUCUCAGCACCUGCACCCCGCCACUCAGCACCUGUUUGACGGCUUCAGACCACCUGUGCAUGCUCCCUACGCAGAGUCUACAACGGCGGGAGCACCUGUCCUGACAGGAACCCCCGUCGUUUCUCUGCCCGCAUCCUCUCGCUCCUCCUCAAGGCGCUACUCCGGCAGAGCCACGUGCGACUGUCCGAACUGCCAGGAGGCGGAGAGCCUUGGCCAGGGGGGCACGAGUCCGCGGCGGAGGGGCUUGCACAGCUGCCACAUCCCGGGUUGUGGUAAGAUUUACGGCAAGACCUCUCACCUGAAGGCUCACCUGCGCUGGCACACCGGGGAGAGGCCAUUUGUCUGCAACUGGCUCUUCUGCGGGAAACGCUUCACGCGCUCCGACGAGCUCCAGCGGCAUUUACGCACGCACACCGGGGAGAAGAGAUUCGAGUGCUCAACUUGCCACAAGCGGUUUAUGCGCUCCGACCAUCUCAACAAGCACGCGAGGACGCACAGCGCGGAGGGCUCAGAGGAUGGCGCGGAACCGGGACUCGGUAAAGGGAGUAGCGACACGGACAAUAGCCUCACCGGUAGCCCGAGCCAGUCUCCCGGGGUACAGGUGCGUCAGCCUGUCCAAACCACCGAGGGACAGAGGGCUGUGAAAUAAUGUACAAAGCAACACGUGGGCAUUUGAUACCACUGUAUAUCAGCCUCUAUGGAGUGUGUUGUCUUGGACACGUAAACAUUGAAAUGGCACUUUAUGAUGAACUUCAGCUGUGGAUGAACUCUGUGUCCUUACCUCAUCUUAUUUGUAGCCUUCUUAAAAAAAUAAAAUUUUACUCUACAGCUUAUCAGACUUCUUUUAUUUGAAUACGUUAUUUGCGCUUAAUUUAUUCCCAAAACAAGUGGCCUGUCAGAUCAUUAUUUGGGUUAUUUCUUGCCAUAAACGCGCUUUUUAUUUUUGUAUUAAUUCAAUUUCAUUUUAAGUAAUGCCAUAUUGUUUUUAUGUUGAAGUAAAUUGUUAUGAUUUUCCUUUUCUUGUAAGUCAUGAUUAUAAUUCAUAACUCAAUAAAACAGAACAAUGUGGGACACA